AUGCAAGGUGUAACUACUUAAAAUGGUUCAGAUGAAGAGACGGAAUUUAUUUUUGACUCCAACACUAUCCAACUCAAGGAAUCAAGAAAUAAAAUUUCUAAAGCAAAUGAAGAGAUUAAGUAAUUAAAUGAGUAAAAUAAAGAAUUGAUCAUGUAAUUGAAUCGUUAAAAUGAGCUCCUUGAAUUAAAACACAAAUAAAACUAAUAGUUGUAAGCUGAAGCAAAUAAAUUUAAAGAAUAAAUGGAUGAUAGAGAACUUAAAUUAUUAUAGUCAAUGAAAGAAAAACAACUAUUGUAAAACGAGCUAAUUGCCAUGCAUGAAAUUUUGGAUCAAACAACCCAAAGAAAUGAUUAAAUCAAUUCUGAAGUCUUUGCACUAAAAUUAACUUUGGAGCAAAUCCAAUAAUCUGCAACCAUGUGUAAAGAAGAAACGACCUAAGGAUUGUAAAGAGAAUUAAAAUUAAAAGAAACUAUCGAUUAACAAAACAGGAAUUUAAAGUAGUAAGAGGAAUAACUUAGAAAAAUUACUAAUGAUUGCAAUAAGAAAGAUAUUUAGUUCAAAUUUGAAAUGCAAAACAAAGAAAGUGUUCUUUAGGAAUUGAGGAAUUAAUUAUAAUAGCAAUAAUAAUAGAAUAAUGAGAUUAUUAAUGAAUUAAUAGAAUAAAAGAAUUAAAACAUUUAAAAUUCUGUUUAUGGCAAAGAUUAUAAACCUGAAUUGACUAAUAUCACCAAAGAAAAUGAAGAACUAAAAAAUAAAUUCAAGGGGUUGACUUUUUAAUUGAAUAUUUACAAAGAAAAGGAAUAAUCAUAAAUAAAAGAAAUCACUACUCUAAGAUAAACGCAAUCUAACUUAUCAACUGAAAUAGAAAGAUUAUUAAAUAAGAUAAACGAAUAAAAAUUACAAUUACUGAAUCUUUAAUUAGAAAGUUAGAAUGUUUUAUAAGAAAAGGAUAAGAACAUUAAUUAAUUGAUGAAUUAAUUGUCACUUUUAAAAAAUUAGGAUCAAAAGAUAAAUUUACAUAAGAGUAUCUUUCAUAAUGGAGAUGAGAAAUUAUUGAAAGAUAUCCAGCUUAAAAAUGAUUAAAUAGCCAUGUUAUAAAAUGAAAAUAACUAAUUAGUGAAAUUAAUCGAGUCUUUAAAGAAUCAAUAAAUUGACAAUCAAGGAACUGAAAAAAUAAAGAUCAAAUAAUUAGAAUCAGAACUUAAGAAUUUGCAAUCUUUCAUUUAUGAUAGUCCUCUUGUAGUGUUGUUUAACUUAUUAGAAGAUCGAUUAUCAAAAUAAUAGCAAAAAAGCUUUGAAAAUAAAAAUAAAAUAAAAGAAUUUUGGGCAACACAAUUAAAGUAAUGGACAGAGGGAUUUGAAGAAUUAAAAUAAGCAUUUUCUGGUUUAAAGAUCGUUUUCAAGUACGAUCUAAAAUAUGCUAAUCAAACAUCGCAAUAAUGA